AUGUUUUUGCUUAUCAGUUGUUUUGCUCUUGUGGCCUCCACAUUGGGUGAGUGACUGGCGGUUUACCAGCUGAUAAUAUAUGAAAUGGUGGUAAGAUAAUUCAUGGCUAAAUUGAAUCACUCUGAGAGUUAAGAUGCUUGCAUACCAAGAGGAUCUAAAAGCAAAUCUAAAGGCCACUUCCUGAUAUCCAUAUAACAUGAUGGAGCAGAGCAGGCAGACAGGUGCUUUAUAAUGUGAUUUGAAUGCAGGCUGUGGAGUUCCUUCUAUCAAGCCCCAAGUGAGCGGAUACAACAAGAUUGUAAAUGGGCAGAAUGCAGUUUCUGGGUCCUGGCCCUGGCAGGUGUCACUUCAGGUAUUCCAUGCUCUGCACAACCUGCGACUUUGUUACACCUUUAAAGACUGUAACUAAAAUAGAAAAUAAUAGCAGUGAUAUAGUAGUAAGAAACCGUGCAUAUUUACUUCCUUACUUGUAGGAUGGUCGUGGAUUCCACUUCUGUGGAGGAUCCCUGAUCAGCCAGUACUGGGUUGUCACUGCUGCUCAUUGCCGUGUGUCGUAAGUAGUUUUUGGAGCAUCCCAUACAAACAUGAACAAUCUAAACAUUUACACUACAGUAAUUUCUGUAUGUUUUUAAUCACUUUAGUCCAAGAAGCCAUCGUGUUAUCCUGGGAGAGCAUGAUCGUCAGUACAACAGUGAGCCAAUUCAGGUCGUGUCAAUUGCCAAGGUAAUGAUAGCUUCCUGCUUUUUAAAAAACUCAAUUUUUAAAGUCAUUGCAAUUUAAAGAUUAAUGUUCACUCACCUCUCUUUCUAGGCCAUCACUCACCCUUACUACAACACCCAGAACUUCAACAAUGACAUCACUCUCCUGAAGCUGGCAUCCCCUGCACAGAUGUCAUCCCGUAUUUCCCCUGUGUGUCUGGCUGCCUCCAGCACCAGCAUCCCCGCUGGAACCAAAUGUGUGACCACUGGAUGGGGCAAAACUGGCCAAACCUGUAAAUGAGUGACUGCUUUUUUGUCUCAAAAAUAGACAAAUAGAAAGAGCUGCCAUUAAUAUCCAUUAUACAUACAUACAUAAAACAAAUUUAUGGAGCUAUUAUCAUUUUCACUUUCCCGAUUUUAGCAAGCCCUCGCUUCCUCCAGCAGACUGCUCUGCCUCUGCUCACCCCUGCCCAGUGUAAGCAGUACUGGGGUUAUAACAGAAUCACAGAUGCCAUGAUCUGCGCUGGUGCUUCUGGAGUGUCUUCCUGCCAGGUAAAAAAAAUCUUUAAAAUUAAUUUCAAGCCUAAAGAUUAAAAAAUGUAGGUCAUCUUUCAGCAUCAGUAAAUCAUGUAUAAAUCUUUUAAAUCACUUCAAAUCAAAGUUUGUCAUUAACAACUGCCCGGUUAAUACAUUUUUUGAAGAGAAUGUUUAAAAUGAUUGAUAUAUGACUUAACAACAUUGUAACUAUCUUAAGAUAUGAAAGAGAAUAUCAUGGGCCUUAUGAAACUGUUUAUAAGUGUUGCUGAAAUCCACUUACGCAAUAAUGAACAUGUUCCCCAUCUGGUUUCCUGUUUUUGAAUUUUGAGAAUCUCACGCACACAGACCGUAUGUAGUAGUAUAUACUGUAUAUACAGUCUUUGCUUAUGCAAAACGGUCAAGUGUAAGUUUAGAAACUUUAAAGAGUAAGUGCAAUGAAUACACAUCUUUACUACUCUUAGAUAAUGGUUAUUUCAUGUUCCUACAGAUGAUCUGAGAAGCCAUUUGUAAAAUAAUACUUCUCUCCUUUUAGGGUGACUCUGGUGGCCCCCUGGUCUGUGAGAACAGUGGAGUGUGGUCCCUGGUGGGAAUUGUGUCCUGGGGAACCUCUAACUGCAAUGUGCGUACCCCUGCUGUGUAUGCACGUGUGUCCUACCUGCGCAGCUGGAUCGACCAAACUGUUGCCUACAACUAA